GGAAGACAGUGUGAAUGUAGUAGUGAAUGGAAAUAUGGCGAGCGCAAGAUUUAUCGCCGAUAUCAACUCAACACUGAAUGGCAACACGAUCAGUUUGCGUUUGAAAGUACUGGAAGUGUGGGUCAAAAAAGGAAAAAGAUGGAUAUUGUUCGCACGCCAGGCGAUACGGACGGAGGGUUUGCUACUGGUUCAAUGAUGGGUUCUGGUGGUUUUAUUGUGCUUGAUGAAUCGCAAUGUGUCGUACGUAAUACAUAUACACUGGCCCGUUUUUACCGUCAUGAAAGCUGCGGACAAUGUUCACCCUGCCGCGAAGGAACUGGUUGGAUGGAAAAGAUAUUGUUGAAUAUCGAGAAUGGAAAAGGGAAGAUGAGUGAUAUCGACCUGUUAUGGGAUAUCCAGCGGAAAAUUGAAGGGAAUACCAUUUGCCCACUUGGUGAUGCGGCAGCAUGGCCGGUGGCAGCCGCGAUUAGGCAUUUCAGGGAUGAAUUUGAAUGGCAUAUUACCAAUCCCGAUGAUGCUGUAAAAAGAAAUUAUGGAUUGAUGCACUAUGCAGAUGAAUUAAAAGUAAUGGCUUAA